AUGGCUACAACAAGCUCAACAAUGAUUCUAACACGACCAGUAGCUUCAGAAAAUGUAGACUUACAUGAUCCAGUUGAAGAUUUUUUGAAUUCGCCGUUUGAUGAAGAAGAAACGGCUGUUGAAUACCUAUGUUUACAUCAAUUUAACGCUUUGAAAAGGUAAGUUAAGCCUAAAUAAUAGUUUUUUUCUGUGUUUAGGUUUCCAGAAGAUUUCGACGAGAAAAAGGCGUUUUAUCCGACUAUAUUCAAUGAAAUUCAAAGACUUUUCAUCAGAGUUUCCAACCUUAAUGUCGUUAAAGAUCCUUCAAAGUCGUCGGAAUUUAGUGCUGUUAUGUUUUACUGGCUGCACUUUGUACAGAAAGUUACUUUAAAGAUUUAUGAGGUUAAUCAGAAGAGUUUUGCCAAGAUUGUCAACUUGGCUCUGAAUGGAUUGGUGUUUCAAUUGGCACAACAAGAUUAUAAGGAAUAUGAGAGGUAGGUAGAGUAUUUUGAAAGCAUAUCUUAGUUUAGUUUUAAGAUGAUAUAAACCUAUAGCUUUUCUUGAAGUAAAGGUGCAAUACUAUAGCCUCAGUUAAGAACAAAAGAUGUUUUCAGAAGGAAGAGUAUAAUUUUAGAUGCACGACUAUAUUGGUCAACUUACUCCCAAGUCUGGAAGGAUAUACCGAAUAUGAGCAGUUAUUUCUUGCUAUUCAUAACAUAGUUGUGAAGAAAAAGAAAAAAGGAAAGCAGCUCUACUUUGAAUGGUCCAAAAAUUGUAAUAAAGAGUUGGGGAUCUUGGUUUUGGAGCUAUUGUGGAAGAUCUGCGAGCUUGGUAUGGAUGCAUGGAAGCAAGGUAAGAGGCUCAAACUAUUAUUUUCAAAAAAAUUAUGUUAUAUUAAUCUUAAAAAACUGAUGUUACAAUUUCAGAACUCCAACUUGACAUUCUUGAAGUAGUCAAUUUAAUGAAAUUUUCGUUUGAAACUAAAAGUGAACGAAUUUUUAAUGUCUGUGCCAGCACUUUGAGCAAAUUAAUCAAAAAUUCUUCAUAUGACAUUUUUGUACAUUUUCGUGAAGUGUUUUCCUUAAUUGGGUUACAAUCUCAGCAUCCGUUGGUACUGUCGGUGACACCUGGUAUUAUGAGAAGAUUUGCCUGUUUUCAACCGAUGGAGCCAUUGGGAUUGGAGGUUUUGAAGGUUGUGUUGGAGAAUAAGGUAGGGUUUUUAUUUUUAAGAUUUUUUUUUGUAAAUUGACAUUGGGUUUUAAGUUUUAGACAAUUAAAGGGGCCGGUCUGUUUGGCUUGGUUCGGGCCGAGGCCGGGCUUAGUGAGUCUCUUUUAGGUCUGUUAAGACUUUGUUUUUGCUAACUUUUAAAAUUUUAUGGGAGUUACUAUUUUUUAAAGCUUAAAAUAAUUACUAACAUUAGCUAAGAAAACGAUGGCACACUAAUUUAUGGUUUUACAGGACACAGUAACUGAUUUACACUACGAAGUAUUGUUUGAAUUUGUGAAAAACUCAUAUUUUUCAAUAAGCGAAGAGAAGUUGGAGCAAUUGUUGGUAUUAUUGUGUAAAAACCUGGAUGAAACUCUAGAAUCCCCAGCCAGAUUUAAGUUGUUCAACUUGUUCUUCAGCUUAAAAGAUGUCAGAGUACCUAUGCCUAUCAAUGCAAGUUUAAUUUUUACUUUAGUUGACGUUGUUUUACGGAUUAAAAGGUAAAAUACAGGUUAUAGAGGGGUUCUAUUGAGAGUUGAAAAAAUAUUUUUAAAAAAUAGUACAUUUUUUUCAGUUUGCCAUAAAAUCUGUGCUGCCAAGACAAAAUGAAUUCAAGAAGGAUCCAGUGAUCAGACGGUUGUUUGUACAGUUAAGAUCACUUUGUCAUUUGGCUUUGCCCCAACGUGAACGACUUCUGAAGGUUGCUGGAGCUUCACUCAAACCAAGGGCUAAAGCACAGUCCAAAUUCUCGGUUUUAAAGCCAGGUUUUGGUAGGUUUUGUUAUUUUAAUAAUUUUUAUUAUGAGGGUUACUAAUUAAUUUUUUUAAAUGAAUGACUUUGGGUUAUGGGUAAGAAGGCAGUUAUAACUUAUAAGCUGUUUACAUCUUAUAAUUUGAAAGAUAAUGAAGUUAGGAAUGGUUAAUGUAAAGAUAAAUCAUAUGGCUUUUAAAAUAACAAAAAUUAGUUGUUUACAAGUAUUUACUAACGAAAAAUAAUUUUUGGGUACUUUUCGCAACUUUUCGAAUUUAAAAUUGAGCGAAAUCAGUGCGGAUAAAGCGGUUUCUGAGCCGUGGCUGAGUGGUCUAGUGGUAUGAUUCUCGCUUAGGGUGCGAGAGGUCCCGGGAUCGAUCCCCGGCUCAGCCCACGAACCUUUUUGCUUUUUUCUUUGAAUCUUUAAAAACAUUUGUAAAGCUUUUGAUAUAAUAAAAUUCAAAAAUUUACAUAAGAAUAAAUAAUUCCUUUAGCUUUUAACUAAAAGUAACUUCUUUUUUACUUUUUUUCUUGUAUAAGAUGGAUUCCUAUAGUUGUAUAAUGAUUCCUUUCAGGUAGCUUAUUAAGUGACACUUAUUUACAAGCAAAACAAAAUGCAAUAAACGACCAGAUAGUGGAUGAAAAAGGUGAUAAACAGUCAACAACUUCACAAGAAAAAGAACUUUCAGAGGAAAUUGAGCUGAUUCAAGUUGAAGAUGAAGUUGUCUUAAGUAGCGAUGGUGAAGACGUCAAGAUUGUAGAUGUGAAGCGUAAAAAAUCAGAUGAUGUUGUGGUAAUAUCAGAAAAGAGGCCCAAAUUGGAUAAGAUUUCCGAUUUGGACAGAAAAAUGGUGGAUUUGCAGUUGAGUGUGGAUGGUGAUACGAAGGUUGAAGUUGUACGUUUUUGAGUUAUCUUUAGUUAGGUUAAGGUCUUCUUUCUUUUGUUUAAGGUCUUGUAAAUGGCAAAAAGUAAUUUCUUACAUUUCAGGCCAUUCCAGACUCACCAGGCAGCUACGAUGACGAAGGAGCUGAAACAGAACACGAAGAAGAAGGUGACGAUGAGAUUGUCACUUUCUUGGACUUGGAAAUGCCAAAACGUAAAGCAAAAGAGGUCUUCAAAGCUGUGUUUGGUACUACUAGAACUGUGCCAAGUCUAAUGAAACGACCAAUAGAACCACUCGAGUGUGAACAAAUCUUUGGAGUGAGUUUUGACGUUAUUAUUGGUAAAAAGAGGCAAAAAUGUUAUUAAAAAAUUGAUAAAAACGCAAUUUUUUGAUUAAAAUUUAUAAGGGUAGUUAUUUUUUUAACUAAAAGAUAUUAUUUUUUUAUGUUACCAUAUCAAAAUAUUUAGAAACUUUUCAAAAAAUUUAAAAAAAGCGCCAAAAAGCUUCCUGGGCUGAACCGGGGAUCGAUCCCGGGACCUCUCGCACCCUAAGCGAGAAUCAUACCACUAGACCACUCAGCCACGGGUCGCAGCGCGCUUCGGCAAGUACGGAUUUCGAAUGUUUUGAAGGGAAAUGGAAAGCAAAAACAAGUUUCUCCUUGUUUUUCGGAUUCUGAACGUGGUUUCAGUGCGGAAUUUACAAUAAAUCUUGUAAAACUUAAUGUUUUAUGGGGUUUGUCAGAGAGUUUUGAAUUUAUUUUUUGAAAAAUUAAAAAAUUAGACGAAAAUUCAAAUAAUUGAACUUUUUUCAUUAGUUUGUUCAAAUAAUUCUGUGCUUCUAACCUUGAAAUUUGUUUUGAUAGGGGACACAGAAUUAUUUGAACAAAUUUAUAUAAAAAUUUGUUAUUUUUAUUUUUAGGACACUUCGGUUAACAUAAUGGAAGGUCAGCCAAACCGCGAGGCUAUGAAGAAAUGGAAGGAAGUGACAGAUCCAGUCAACGCGGAAAAAGAGUUCUCCGCCAUGGCGAAGAAAUUCAAAGUGAGAGAGGAAGAGUUGAUGGGAGAGUACGAUUGUGAUGAUGAAGAUGACGAUGAAGCCGAGAGAAUAGCUGAGGAAAUUGCUGAAAUGUUCAAAAAUCAGUUUGGACUUCCAUAA